UCUGCGCACAGUGGUUAGUCUUGAAAUACGCGCGUGCGCCAAACGUACAUAAAAGUAAAAAAAAAGUGCAUUUACCAUUUUAAAUAAAGGAAGAAAAACUCUUUCUUGUGUGAAAGCAGAAAACCGUUAAGAAAAAAACUACCAAAUUCAAAAUGCUGAAAUUUAUUUUGAUCGCUUGCCUUUUAGUGCAAUUCGUCGUAGCGGCGCCACUUGACCAAACCGCAGCUGAAGAGAAGGCUGAAUUGGAACGUAUCCAAAAUGAAAGUGCUCAAUAUUCCUAUGGCUCCAAUGUUCAAGACAAUAUAAACGAUGGCGCUAUUCAACGCGAGGAGACACGUGAUGGUACCAAGGUCAAAGGCAUGUAUUCCUACCGCGAUGGCUAUGUCAUGCGUACCGUACACUAUGAGGCCGAUGAGAAUGGCUACCGCGUAGUCAAGGAGGAGACACAAGAGAUCGGCGAUGGACCACAGUUCGAUGAGAAUGGUGAGGCUACCGUUGAAGGUUCAUUGAUUCCAACAUACUCUAUUCGUUUGGACAAAUCCGACAAUGAGAGACACUACAAAGAUGCGCGACUAAAUUAAAUUGAAUGACUUGCAAAUUGCUUUAUAAGCAUUUUAGUUAAGAAAACAGACUGAAAAAAUUACGAUAAUACCUUCUUCUUGCUUUGUUACACUAUUUUACUGUAUUUUGUAGUUUUUGCACUAAAUGUAAGGAGUAGUGAUAAUUAAGAACAAGAACGAAAAACUGUUUGUUUUUGCUACAACUUGAAUUUAAUGUGAUUUCUGCAGAAGAAUAAAAGUAAAUAAAAGAAAAAAUAUGUUUA